GAUUUAGAAUAUAUAGGGAUUGGCCAGAUGUGUGUAGUGUCUUGAUGAAUGUUUGUAUUUUUAUUUUUUUGUCAGUAUCACCACUAACUGUAUGCCGUUACCGUUUUGCACUACAGAUUCUUAUACCAUUGUCCAUAUCAUUUGGAGGGUGGCAGUACUUUGCAUUGCAUCAGCUUGCACUGUACCGGUUUAGUCAUCCUGUUGGAGAACAGAUUUUGUCAAUUUCUGUUUUAUUCUUUUUUUUUUUUUUUUUGUUUUCUCUCAAAUCCAAAAUCCCACAUUUUUUGGUUGGUUUUGUGUGUAUAAAUUCUUAACCCACAUAUACAAUGGAACCUUGACACUCGCAACCUUGAUAGUUCGCAACUUUUCAUUCGAAACCGAACUAAGAGGAACUCGCGAAAAAUCUGAAAGUUUACGAGAAGGAGUUUUUACUAAGAAAUUACAUAAAAAUGUUUGAAAAACUAUUUUAUUAUUGUAUUAUUCAUUUAAUAUAGUAAAUAAAACAUUUAGGCAAAAAAUUCACAAUUUUUGUUGAGUUUAAAGUACAGUACAUGCACAAUUCCCCUUGAAAAAAGGAACCAUCAAAAGAAAAGAGUCAAAACCUUGCAAUCUUUUGUUACUCGGGAGGCGUCAUAGAACCUCAACCCCGCGAGUAUCGAGCUUGCACUGUAUAUUACUAAAAGACCGCCACUUGUACAAAUCCUCCUGAUUCAUGCAAUCCAUACAGGAUUUUUGACAUAAAUCUGUAUAACAUAAAUCCAGAAUACAUCAAUUAUUUAUAUUGUAAAGUGUAGAAUAUGGUUUGUAUUGUAGUUUAUGUAUGCUAAUGUUAGAUAAAGUGUUUUAUAUUUUAUUGUUCUAGUUUUGUUUUGGUUCACAUUUCAUUAUUUCAAGCUUAGAUGCUUCUACAAGGUAUACAUCACCACAUCUGGGAAUUGUCUUAUAGCAAAAUAUGAGCACAUUAGGGGUGUCUUCUACAAAUAAGGAAAUGAAACCUCAACUUGAGAAUAAUAUACUGUAGGUAAAGAGUGUAAAGAUUUCCUGUACUUGCACAUCAUAGCGCACCAGACCCACUUAUUAAAAAGAGCAAAGAGCUCAACACACCUACACAUGGAUGCAUCUGUAAAAUGAAGAAGCUGCUUUAACAUGUCUCAGUCUCUUCAUCUGCAUAUGUAACCCUUUACUUGCUUUUAAUUGACUGUAGAUUUAGCAUUGUUGACAUUUAAAAUACAAAUGCAUGAAAGGAUCCGAGAUCUACCUAAAAAAUGAACGCAUCUAAUCUUUUAUCAUUAGAAAAACUCCGCCGUGUAUAUACUACACAUACAUGUUUUAAUUAAAGCUUCAUCUCUUUUGUUCCAAAAUGAUACGGUGCCACAAAGGAACUCUGUUUUGCGUGCAUUACGAUCAGAGAAAUAGAGUAACUAAGAUAUCUCAUGUAAACAAACUGCCAUUUACAAUUAACAUAAUAUUCAUCUCUUUCUGAAAAAGUGUUGAAUUUAUUGAGAAUCAGAAACUGAAAAACAAACAGCUGGCAGAAAUCUGACAUGCUGUCUUUUCUAAUUAUAGAACUCAAUAAAAAUAGUUUGUUCUUCUAUCUAUGCACCAUUUCUGCUAACAGAGGUUUUUUCAGGUCACACAAGUAUUGACUAUUACUAAUCAGUAUACUAAAGCCUUGUACUGAAUUUUCUCAACUAAAAGUCAAAGAGGAAAUUUGUGCUACAGGAAGUGGGCUAGUUUGCACACAUUCAGGGGGGUAAUAUAAGCAUUAUUUCUUUUUUUUAAUCACUAACAGGAAUAAGACUUUGUUUUCUGUAUGGCUGAUCAUGCAAAUUGAGAAGUUCUCCUUUUGUUUGACAGUUUCCUUUAGAUUUGAAGAGCCUUUUUUCAGUUUGAAGCAUUUACUUAAGCUAAAGUCCUUGGAGCGAUUUAUUAAGAGCGCUGGAUACUGUAAGCACACAGAUCACACCAUAGCCUGAAAAGAUGUGUUCAUUGUGGAACUCUGUCCUUAUCUGGGUCUUGUUGUGUUUGUUUAGCUCAAUAGAAAUGCAAAAUAAAUAUAUAUUCCUCUUGGAGAAUCAUGCAGAAAGAAUGGAGGGAUCGUGCGUGACCAUCAACUGCACGUAUGAAUUACAGAAUGGCAUGGAAGUGUUUUGGAUUAAAGAUUCUAUAUGGAAUGUAAAGAAAGUAAAUUUAAUGGAACAGUUGUAUUUAGUAAUACAGAAAACCGAGCACAGGCACCUGAGUACUUUGACAGAGUGGAAUUUUUACAUGAUAACAGCUCUUACGGCAAUGCCAAAUGCUCAUUAAAAAUUAAACAUCUUAGAAAGAACGACAGUGGAGACUAUGCAUUUAGGUUCAUAAAAAAAACUUACAAAUUUAUAAGUGAGGAAUUUAAUCUCAAAGUAACAGACAAUAAGUGCAAAGUCCACAUUAAGCCACCAAAUUUGAACAUGUCACUCAAAGACGGAGACAAUUUGAUUCUUCAGUGUGCAACGUCAGUGGACUGUAAGUUUUUUCCUGAAUGGCAGUCCUCAGUCAAGGUUCUCAGCAUGAGGAAUAUAGAGGAGAAUGAAAAACUCAGUGAGCUGAAUUUGACUGUGAGCUGGAGAGAUGAUGGAAAGACUCUGACGUGUCGGUCUUCUGGAAGCUUCAAUGACAACUGCUUGGAAAAGAAUUAUACACUGAGUGUGGAAUAUGCACCCCAAGAAACAGUAGUGAUUCAGAGCUCAGACCUGAACAACAUAAAAGAAAAAGAAAACGUGACAGUUUCCUGCACCAGCAAGGCCAAACCUGAGGCUGAAUUCACAUGGUUUAAACAUGAUAGCUCCUUUUCUCAGCCUGGAGAGAAUCUUACUUUAUAUAAUAUGAAACCCGAAGAUAAAGGCAUAUUCUACUGUCAGGCUAAAAACAUUCAUGGAGAUAACAAAUCACCUAAUAUACCAUUUAACAUUAUUUACGCUCCAAAAGGUGUCACUAUCAAAUCUGAAUCCAUUAUACUCAAAGAGCGAAGCCGUCUUACACUCACAUGCUCGGUGGAAAAUAGCAAUCCAGCAGUUGAAGAAGAGGCCUACAGAUGGUACAAAAACAAUAAAGAGAUUGAAGCGCAGACAAAGAAAAUAUUCACUGUUCCAUGGGUAAAACGACCUGAUGCAGGACAUUAUCAGUGUCAGGCCAGAAAUUCUGCAGGGGAGACCAACUCUACACACCCUAUACAAAUUUAUGUUAAGUUUCUUCCACAAAACACAAAAAUUAGUGGCAUGACAGAAACAAAGCUGGGUUUUAAACUAAAGCUUCAAUGUGUCACUGAGGCUGAUCCUGAUCCAAUCAAUUAUUACUGGUAUUUUAAACCAGAACAUGACAAGUUCUUUCACACCAUUUCAAACCAGCAUCAGGAGUACCUUGAGAUUGAGAAAGUGGCUGUCACUAAUACUGGCUCAUAUAAGUGCAGUGCGGAGAAUAGUCUCGGUACAGGAACAAACUCAACUGAAUUCAGUGUUCUUGUGCUCUACCCCCCAAAAAAACCAAAUCUGACCAUGAAACAAGUUGUAAAUGAAACUGAAUCUUAUUCCAUCACAUGUACAGUAGAAAGCUCACCCCAGGCAUCACUCACGCUAAGCAUAUCUUCUCUGUCAAACCCCAAAACAAACAGGAUAUUACAUAUGACUUUUCAGUCCAACUUUCUCACUUUUUCUGCCACUGCAAAAGUGUCAGAUGCGGGUGAAUACACCUGUAUAGCAAAAAACACACAGGGUGAAAACGCCUCAGAAAAUCGUCUGAUCGUUUGGUAUGCCCCUAAAAAUGUUACUAUAGAAGCACAUCCUGGUAAAGAGCUAAAAGAGGGCUCUAACUUGACACUCACUUGUACAGCUGAUUGUGUACCCAGGGUGAAUGCUUACACAUGGGAGAAAUCUAAUAGGACCCACUCAGUGAGAGUGGGACAUGAGCAGACAUUGAGACUUCAUUUCCUGAAACCCUCUGACUCUGACCAUUAUGUCUGUAUCUCCAAAAAUGACAUUGGCAUGUUAAAGUCUUCAGCACUAUAUAUCAGAGUUAACUAUCGUCCACGGAUAACGAUUAUCCAUAAUAUGACAUCAAUGGGUCUAUUGGAAGAUGCGGUUCCUGUCCACCUGAGUUGCAGUGCUCAGUGUGAUCCACCAGCCACUUUCUUUGCAUGGUACAUGCUAGAGAAAAACACCACCGUCUUGACAAAUCAUCAGAACUACACAGUUCAACCACAUAAUCCUGGAACAUACUACUGCAUUGCAAGAAAUGGCAUAGGGGAGUCAAGUUCUCAAACCGUCAAAAUAUAUCUUAAUCAUUUUUUCAUUAAACGGCUGGUUCAGAUCAUCAUUUCCUUACUGGUUAUUCUCAUACUGAUUGGUGCCUUAUUUCUCCUAUUGAGAAUCAUCAAAAAAAAAAGACAUUCAGGGAAAAAUGAGUCACCUCAACAGUUAUUUUUCUUCUCAAAGGCUCCAUUUUGGCCUUCAUCAAACUUUUGCUCAUCGGGCUCACGUAACAACACUCGGGAGACCCUUGUGAUAGAGGAAUCUGAUGAGCUAUCUGGCUUUAGAGACAACCAUUCAUCCGACAUUGUUCACUCACAUCCUCCACCCAACAGGAAAAACCCAAAUUCUAACAUUCACACAGUGUAUGAUGCUAUUCAUUUGCCCCCAACCAUAACGGAAUGUCAUUACACAGCGGAGGAUUUACCCAUAGCCACUUUAAACUAUGCUACGCUGCAGUUUGCAGACAGCAACAUUCCAAAUAAAAGUGUACCGAGCAGUGACAGUUGUGGCCCAGUUUAUGCUAAGGUUUUGAAAAAUGGACAAAUGGCAAAGGAACAAGGAAAAGGCCAUAGUGAUUAUGAAAAUGUGUCUGGUGUUUACAAAACAAAGCAGCCAUUUCCAAACUGGGACUCAGACACCAGUGAGUCAGAAGAAGAGGUGGAUUACACUAAAGUGACCUUUACCGUAACAACACAUAACAAUCCAAAGAUGGAUCCAUUAAGUAUAGAGGAAGAAGACCAAACAGACUACUCUGAAGUCAAAAUCUAGGAUUCAGGGUUUUUAGAGAGCAUUUAUGUACAAUAUAUGCAUGCAUAUAAAGCUUCUAGUACAGUAUGCAUUUUAAUGUAAUGUUUAAUAUCCACUUCAUGUAAUUCUGGCUAAAUAUACUAUAUUAUUUUUAUGUACUUUGACUGAAUGUAAUAUUUUCUACUUUAAGAAAACCUGAACAUAUUUUACCAAAAUAUAUUUUCAUUCUACUUUUCUAACUGUGCCUUGACUGUGCAUCUGACUGUAAAGAUCAUGUUGUAUAAGGAGCCUCUUUAACAAAUGUGGUGGCAAAAAUUGUAAGUUUACAAUGUCAGGUUCUGAUGGUUGGAUAGCUACAUGCUGUAGUAAAUAGAAAUGAGCUAAAUGAGCUACACUUUAGUUUGUAAUCAGUUUAUAUAUAUUUUAGAAAAUGAAAUUAACAAUGCACUGAUGUCUUAAUACAUUAUUCUUUUUUAUUAUUAUAAAUUAUUAUUUUAACAUUAUUAGUCUUACUUUUUCACAUUUUCCCUGUCCCCUGCUUCAGUAACUACUGCACUGUCUUUUUUAGACUAUUCUACAUGAACGACAUGCAGAAAAACUGCAAAAGAUUCAAAUAAGUCUUAUAAAAAGAAAACAGCAGUAUUUCACUCAUUCUCUACAAACUCUUCCAUCAUUUAAUUUUUCAAAACUGAAUUAUUAUCAUCAUAAUGCUAUGAAUAGAUUUCCAGGACAAAAACACUGACCAUCUGUGAGCGUCAAGGAUCAGUAGAGCAUUAAACUCUGAACAAAACAGUUGAGCAGCUGUUCAAUUCGUUGUAAUUGAAUAGAAUUCGUUGAGCAAACUGUUUAAAACAAUA